UCCCUCCCCUACUUCCACCCCAAUCGCUACCCUCCGUGGGACCCGCCCAAACUCGGUGGGAGAGCAGCAGGAAAGAAACGCGGGGGACUUUCCGCAGGGCCGGUGCACACCCGGGCUUGACUUGGUCAAAGCCUCUUCCUGGCUCCUGUGGGUAUGAAGCCCCACGGGGAGCGCACGGACGGCUUUCCCCGGUGCCACUCUAGGCCACGAGGGCUGUGGGUGAUGCAACCACGGGGCCCCGCUUCUGGCGUGCUCAGCUUCUGGCAGCUGCCUGGCUGGAGGCUCCUGCUCCUGAUUGGCCUGGUCUUUGCAUGCACAGUUCAGGGGAGAAACAAUGGCCCACUGGACCUUGAAGGGGAAUCAGAGCCCCAGCACCGACAGCAACCAGCCCAUGGGACAUGGACACACUGGGGCAGCUGGAGUGCUUGUUCCAGUACCUGCGGGGACGGCGUCUCCUUCCGGAUCCGGAGGUGUAUCAGGCUCCCUGGAGAAGAACUUUGCCGAGCGGAGGCCAGGCAGUAUCGCAUCUGUGAGCAGAAAGCCUGCCCAGCUGGCACUCUCCCCUUCAGGGCCAUGCAGUGCGCUCUCUACAACAGUAAGCCCAUCCUAGCGGGGCAGGCCCAGUACCAGUGGGUCCCCUUCCAUGGAGCUGCCAACCUCUGUGACCUUAACUGCCUGGCGAUGGGGCACAAUUUUUACUACAGCUUUGGCCGAGUCCUGGAUGGGACCCCCUGCAGCCCAGCAUCUCCAGAACUCUGCAUCAGCGGCCGCUGCGUGAGAGCCGGCUGCGAUGGGGUCCUGGGCUCCGAGGCAUGGGCCGAUGCCUGUGGUGUCUGUGGGGGCAGGAACGAGUCCUGCGUCUUCAUCCAGGAAGCCAUCCGGGCGGCGGUUCCCGCCUCUGACUUCUCUGGGUACAGGAACGUGACCCAGAUCCCGGCUGGAGCCAGAGAGAUCAGGGUGAUGGACAACAGCCGCAACUAUCUCGCCCUGAUGGACGCAAGCCAGCAUUAUGUCCUCAGUGGGGAGUGGGCCGUGGAUCAGCCAGGCGCAUUCAAGGCAGCAGGCACCCAGUGGCAUUACACUCGCACGGUUAAUGGGCACGAGACCCUUGAGGCAGCCGGACCCACAAGCGAGGAUCUGUUUGUCAUGGUCCUUUUUCAGGAGGAGAAUCUCAGCAUAGAUUACCAGUACUGGGGGCCAAGGAAGCAGGCCCUCCGCCGUGCACAGGGGGAGGAGGCCCAUGCUCUGCGCCAGCCCCAGGCCAGGGAGGUAGAGGCCCAGCACACACAAGAGCCUGCAGACUUUCCUGAAGCCACAGCAGCGAUGCGCCAUUUCACCAAGGCCCAGGAGAUGGCCAAGGAGGCACCGCGGAAGGUCACCCCAGCACCCCUGAGGACUCCUACAGCGCCAGGACCCUGCGGGAAGUGCGAGCCGCCGAGAGGGAAGUCGCAACGCCUCCACCACUACUGCAACAGCGACUUCGUCUUCCGCGCACGGAUCCUCUCGAAGCGCUACGUGGGCUCCGAGACACGCUACGACCUGCAGGUGCUGCAGACGUACCGCAACCGCUUCCCGCUGCGCUCGCGUGAGUACCUCUGGGUGCCCAACACCUGUGACUGCCCCCACCUGCUGGAGCGGCGCGAGUACCUGCUCAUGGCGCGGAACCACGUCAACUUCGAGCAGACCCUCAACCGUCUCCUGUUGCAGCGCGGCGGCUAUGCCCGGCCCUGGUCGCCCCGUGAAGACUUGCUGCUUCGCGACGCCGCCACGCGUUGCCGGCCCGGCCCUCCGGCCUGAGAGCCUCCGCCCGCUGAAGGGAGCCCCGCGACUAUUGAACGCGUCAUGGACGCCCAGUUUGCCCUGCCCGGCAGGAAAGCGUAGACGCCAAACUCCGCCGCCGAUGCGCUGGGCUUCUGACCGACCGUGCCGGCACAUCCCGCCGCCGUCGAAGCACAUCCAAGCCGGGCGACUCCGAGAGGCUCUCCUGGCCCGCAGGGACCAAGCAAAAGGGGUCUGAUGGAUCAUCCCCGUGAUCGUCCCCCGCAAGCGUCUCUAAGCCCCAGGCGCCCAGUGGCCUCCGCCAUUUGGCUCCCUUGGCCCAUGCUGCCCCCGAGUGGAGUGGGCGUUUCCCGCUGCCUCGUGGGUAUUCUUGCGCCAGCCCCUCGGUCUGAAGGAGAGACCUGACCCCGGACACCAACGGAAAGGAGGCGCUCCCAUCCUGGUUAGCGAUGGUAUUUUUUAUUUUUUAUUAAAUAACAUUGAAAGAAACCCCGCCCUCAAUUUUUCAUCCAUUUUUCUUUGACUCAGAGGCCUUUUAAAAUUACAUACAAUAACUCAACAUUAUCCAAGGCCCGGGGUUCCACAAAUGAACAGAUUCUGUCAUCUCUGCGCUGAAGGUGUUACCUCGUUGCCUUAGCAAGUCCUGACUGGGUGUCGUUGUGGAUGAACAGUUUACCCGUCCUUCUCUUGCCAGCGUUACGUGGCCCCCGUUCCGUGUAGGGCUCACCCCGUGUUUCUCCUGUCUGUAUGGAAGCCACCUGGAGUGCCUUAUUUUGCACACCGUUUACAUUCCAACUUAGUAUCUCUCUUAACUUUCAGAUGGAGAUAAUUUAAGUUUAAAAUAAAUGUAUUCAUAAACCAUAAGUAAUAAACCAACUCAAAUGUCACUAUUAAAGAUUUAUAAAUGUAUGACACAAAUAAAUAGGUGGUCAAACCAAUGACUUAAAAACAUGCCUAAAACAGAUGAUGUCACCUUGUUGGAUAAUGAAACAUUUGCAAAAAAAAAAAAAGUAAAGAAAGCACCAAAAAUCCUGAAGUUCAACUCUGAAUUACAAAUGUUCUCUUGUAUUUAUAAGCCUAAAAUUUGAAAAGACUAAUAAAAAAACAAAAUGAAAU